UGCGAGCGACCCCUUAAAGGCGAGAGCAGCUCCUCCAGCCACUCCAGUGCACCGGCCAGGGGCUGCAAGCCAAGGGAAACCUCCGGGGGCUACAAGCAGCUACUGAUCCGAUCCACCAAGCAGGACUCACUGCUACCCUCGGACUGCUCCAAGAACACGAGAGACCCCGCUGCAAAGAGACACUGGCACUACUGGCUAUGGGGCUUUGCUGAGCGCGUGUAGAGCGCUAGAGACAAUAACUCACCUAAGAGUCACCAGGAGAAUCCAAGGGCUUCAGAAGGAUAUUGAUCGCUCUUUAUUCAGUGGCUGCAGAAGAUAUUUCCUCCCCUGGGUUAUCUCUAGGGUCUCAUCAUCUUUUUCUGUAAAGGUUUGUCUGGGAGACCGAUCUUUGCCAUGGAGCUACCAGGCGGACUUUUUCUCCUCCUAAUGCUUGGUGUCUGCGGAACAAACCAGAUCCCAGAGUCUGGGGGAGAUGAUAACAGUGUGUUUGACCUCUUUGAACUCAUCGGCUUCACUCGCAAGGGGGCCGGACGUCGGGCAACUGGGGUGCACUUGGUGAAGGGACCUGAUACCUCCAGCCCUGCUUACCGCAUUGAGGAUGCCAGCCGCAUCCCAGCCAUACCUGAUGACAAGUUCCAAGAUUUGCUGGAUGCCAUCUAUGCUGAGAAGGGCUUCAUCUUGCUGGCUACCCUCCGGCAGGCCAAGAAGAGCCGGGGCACCCUGCUGGCCGUGGAGCGCAAGGACAGCUCUGGCCAUAUCUUCAACCUGGUGUCUAAUGGCAAGGCAGGCACCCUAGACCUGAGCCUGUCCGGUGAUGGCAAGCAGCAGGUGGUGUCAGUGGAAGAUGCCCUGCUGGCCACUGGGCACUGGAAGAAUAUCACCCUGUUCGUGCAGGAGGACCGGGCCCAGCUGUACGUAGGGUGUGAGAAAAUGGAGAAUGCUGAACUGGACAUCCCCAUCCAAAACAUCUUCACCAGGGACCUGGCCAGCAGUGCCAAGCUCCGCAUCGCCAAGGGUGGCGUCAAUGACAAUUUCCAGGGAGUGCUGCAGAAUGUGCGGUUUGUCUUUGGAACAACCCUGGAAGCCAUCCUAAGGAACAAAGGUUGCUCCAGCUCCACUAGUGCGAUCAUUACAUUGGACAAUCCCAUCAAUGGCUCCAGUCCAGCUAUCCGUACUAAUUACAUUGGCCAUAAAACAAAGGAUAUCCAGGCAGUCUGUGGCUUCUCCUGUGAUGAACUUACAAAUAUGUUUGUGGAAAUGCAAGGAUUGCGGUCCAUGGUUACAACACUUCAAGACAGAGUGCGCAAAGUGACUGAAGAAAAUGAAUUGAUUGCCAAAGUAGUGCAGAUCACGCCUGGUGUGUGCAUUCAUAAUGGAAUUCUGCACAAAAAUAAAGAAGAGUGGACUAUUGAUAGCUGCACUGAAUGUACUUGCCAGAAUUCUGCCACUAUAUGCAGGAAAGUGUCUUGCCCUCUCAUGCCUUGUUCUAAUGCCACCGUUCCUGAUGGGGAGUGCUGCCCACGAUGCUGGCCCAGUGACUAUGCAGAGGAUGGCUGGUCCCCUUGGUCUGAGUGGACUUCAUGCUCUGUGACCUGUGGGAAUGGGGUUCAGCAGAGAGGCCGUUCUUGUGAUAGUCUCAAUAAUCGCUGUGAAGGUUCCUCUGUGCAGACUCGUACCUGCCACAUUCAGGAGUGCGAUAAGAGGUUCAAACAGGAUGGUGGUUGGAGCCAUUGGUCGCCAUGGUCAUCAUGUUCUGUUACCUGUGGCACUGGCAUGAUCACUAGAAUCCGUCUUUGCAACUCUCCAGUCCCACAGAUGAAUGGCAAACCGUGUGAGGGUGAGGCAAGAGAAACCAAAUCAUGCCAGAAAGACCCUUGCCCAAUAAAUGGAAACUGGGGACCCUGGUCUCCAUGGGAUGUAUGUACAGUCACAUGUGGAGGAGGCAUUCAAAAACGUGGACGUCUUUGCAAUGAUCCUGAGCCUCAGUAUGGUGGGAAGGACUGCGUAGGUCAUGCCACAGGGACCCAGGUCUGCAAUAAGCAAGACUGUCCAAUUGAUGGAUGCCUGUCUAAUCCCUGCUUUGCGGGAACGACAUGUACCAGCUCCCCUGAUGGUUCCUGGAAGUGUGGUGCCUGCCCUACUGGUUACCAUGGCAAUGGUGUUCAAUGCAAAGAUAUUGAUGAGUGUCAAGAGGUUCCUGAUACCUGCUUUGUCCUCAAUGGAGUGCACAGGUGUGAGAACACUGAACCUGGAUACAACUGCUUGCCUUGCCCACCACGUUUCACUGGAACACAGCCUUUUGGUCGCGGUAUUGAGGAUGCCACAGCUAACAAGCAGGUCUGCAAACCACGUAAUCCAUGCACAGAUGGAACUCAUGAUUGCAACAAGAAUGCCAAGUGCAAUUACCUUGGCCACUUCAGUGACCCCAUGUACCGCUGUGAGUGUAAACCAGGCUAUGCUGGCAAUGGCAUAAUCUGUGGUGAAGAUACUGAUUUAGAUGGAUGGCCAAAUGAGGACCUUGUCUGUGUUACCAAUGCUACUUAUCACUGCAAAAAAGAUAACUGUCCCAAUCUUCCCAACUCUGGGCAGGAAGACUAUGAUAAGGAUGGAAUUGGUGAUGCCUGUGAUAACGAUGAUGAUAAUGAUAACAUUCCAGAUGACAGGGACAACUGUGCAUUCAUUUACAACCCACAGCAGUAUGACUAUGAUAGGGAUGAUGUUGGUGACCGCUGUGACAACUGUCCCUACAAUCACAACCCUGAUCAAACUGACACUGAUAACAAUGGAGAAGGAGAUGCAUGUGCUGUGGAUAUUGAUGGAGAUGGCAUUCUUAAUGAAAGGGAUAACUGCCAAUAUGUCUACAACGUAGACCAGAGGGAUACAGAUUUGGAUGGUGUUGGAGAUCAGUGUGACAACUGCCCUAUGGAACACAAUCCAGACCAGGAGGAUUCUGACUCUGACCGUAUAGGUGAUAAAUGUGACAACAAUCAGGACAUAGAUGAAGAUGGCCAUCAAAAUAACCUAGAUAACUGCCCCUAUGUGCCCAAUGCCAAUCAGGCUGACCAUGACAAGGAUGGCAAAGGUGAUGCCUGUGACCAUGAUGAUGACAAUGAUGGUAUCCCUGAUGACAAAGAUAACUGCAGACUGGUUGCCAACCCAGACCAGACUGACUCUGAUGGUGAUGGACGUGGAGAUGCUUGCAAAGAUGACUUUGACCAAGACAAUGUGCCAGACAUUGAUGACAUCUGCCCUGAGAAUGUUGACAUCAGUGAGACAGACUUCCGUCGAUUUCAGAUGGUUCCCCUGGAUCCCAAGGGAACAUCGCAAAAUGAUCCUAAUUGGGUGGUUCGUCACCAGGGUAAAGAGCUGGUUCAGACUGUCAAUUGUGAUCCUGGACUUGCAGUGGGAUUUGAUGAAUUCAAUGCUGUGGACUUCAGUGGCACAUUCUUCAUCAAUACAGAAAGGGAUGAUGACUAUGCUGGCUUUGUAUUUGGUUAUCAGUCUAGCAGCCGUUUCUAUGUAGUCAUGUGGAAGCAGGUCACCCAGUCUUAUUGGGACUCAACACCAACCAAAGCUCAAGGAUACUCAGGUCUUUCUAUCAAAGUCGUUAACUCUACCACAGGUCCUGGAGAGCACCUUCGAAAUGCUCUGUGGCACACAGGAAACACCGCUGGGCAGGUGCGGACCUUGUGGCAUGACCCUCGUCACAUAGGCUGGAAAGAUUUUACUGCCUACAGAUGGCGUCUUAGCCACAGACCAAAGACUGGCUACAUUAGAGUUGUAAUGUACGAAGGGAAGAAAAUCAUGGCUGAUUCAGGACCAAUCUAUGAUAAAACCUAUGCUGGUGGUCGGUUAGGAUUAUUUGUCUUCUCUCAAGAAAUGGUGUUCUUCUCAGAUCUUAAAUAUGAAUGCAGAGAUCCAUAAUCACGAGGUUAUUGAUCCAGAGACUAUUUAAAAAUGCUGGUAUUGCACCUUCUGAAAUGUUUAAUAUUUUACAAACCCUGGGACCAUUGUAUUCCUUCCUUCUUUUCUUCUGCCUGCACAAAUGUGGACUCAAAACACAUGACCUGCCUCAAGAAUGCUUUUGAAAGAAUGAAACGGAAAGUACACUCAACAUAUGACCUCGGCUAAAAUGGAAGGAAACAAAUGUAUUUUUCAUGAAUGAGAAUUUGUCUUCAUCUAAAAAGCACACAUUUGCUUCAGUAAGACAUUUGCUUUGCUGUUUAUCACAGUGUAAUGUCACUGCCUCUCUUUUACUGGUGGUCCCACCAAGUAGCAUUUUUGUAAUAAGAACAUCUUUGGAUGUGCUUUGGACUACUUAAAAACGAAAGACAUUUCAAUAUGUGAGGAAAGGGGAUUUGGGAUGGGAGGGUGGACUUUUAAAGGUUAAACAGAAAAUUCCCAUGUUUGUCUAAAAGGUGUCUAUGCUCUCUGGGGUUUAUAUCCAGGUAACUUGGAGAAACUGUUACAUUUUGGACUAAAUAUCUUUCAGGUGACUAAAAUAUAUUCCUUGAUUUCAUGAUGUAGACUAGCUGUAUUAGCGAGUUAAUCCAUACAGUAUAAAAUAGAAACUGUAAAAUGGAUCCCCAGUGGGGGAAGAGGGCAUAAAGAUUGACACACAGGAUUGCACCAGCUUGGUGAGAACUGGGAUUCACAAUUGGAAUCUAGUACCAUUGCCUGAUUAAAUAGAGAUAUUUAUUUUAUUCCACAUGUAGCAAGUGCAGAUGUAGCAAGAACUUUUCUCCAUUAGCACCUGUGCUGGCCUUCAAGGAACAAACAUCUGUGCUUUAUAUUUUAUGGUUAAAAAGGCACAACAAAUGACAAUAGUAACAUUCCUUUUUCUACAAAUUUCAUGGACUUUUUUUUUUUUAAUUCCUCACUUUUUGGGAGGAGGAAGAAGGCUGUAGAUAAAACCUUAAAAAAUGUAAAAUAUUUAUUUUUUACCUAUCCUGGAUGUCAUAAUGACUGAAGGACUAUUGAUAAAACAAAACACAAUAAAUGCGUCAAGACUAUCCAUAUAAUCAUUGUUACAAGUCUUCAAGACUGUACAAUUGUAAAUACAGAUUAUUUAUUAAUUCUGUUCUAUACUGAACCUAGAUUUUAGUUUAGAAAGCUUUUUUGUUUGGAUCAGAUAGCUGAGAUGUAUUAAUUACAAAAAGCAACUUUCCCAUAAAGAAUGUGGAGCACAGGGAACAGCAGCAGGGAGGGAAUGGAAUGAAUGUUUGUUGGCUUUUUCUCAGUCAGCGUUCCAUGUGUUGGUUUUUUACUACUUUGUGCAAGGCAAUUGGUGAUGGCCUGGUAGGUUACCUUUCUGCUUCUUUAAGAAACCACAAGUCCUAUUUAGAUACUGUCAGUUCCUAUCUCUUGAGCCUGUUACUGGAGAGACUGGAUAGCAUUUGUUACUAAUCAUUUACGUAGUGCCAUUAGAUGUACAUGGUGUUUGACCAUUGGUCAACAAUAUGCCAGACAAAGAACAUAAUCCCUGCCCCAACAAGUUUUCAUACUAGAGGCACAAAUGGCACUUGUCUGUAUAGCAUUGGAUUGUAGCCAUUUAUGAAGUUGCAGGUCGCACAUUGGAAUGAUCCAUGUGCAGUGGCAAAAAUAGGAGGCUUCACAGAGAAGGUGGGAUUUUAGGAGCUCCUGGAAGGGGCUGGGGGGGGGGAGGGGGGGGGAAGACAUACGUUAAUUGAAGCUGUUCCAGGUGUAAAGGGCAGCAUGAUUAUACCUAUAAUCCUUUGUCUUUCCAAAAAAAAAAAAAAAAGAGAAAAAAAGGAAAAAAAUAACAAGGUGAAACUUUUACGUACAAAUAUUACCUCAUUGUGUGACUGAGAAAAAAAAAUCUUCAGAUCAAGCAGAAUUUAAAUGUCUAACAAACUUUAAAGCUACUGUAGAACUUUUUAAAAAAUUAAAUGCUGUACAUAGUCAAAUUCUCUUUGCGGAAAAGUAUAUUCCCAGUAAGAAAAUGGCAUUGAAACAAUGUUAAAUACUAUUUCUAAUGUUGUGUUAUAUUUUUGUCAUCUUGUAUACCAUUGCUUGUAUUUUUAUAAAUUAUUUUUCUCAUUGCCAUUGUAAUAGUUAAUCUCAUAAUUGUGUAGAUACGCUAUUUAAAUAAUUUAUCAGGAAGUGCUACCUGUAGAGUUAGUAUUUCUAUUUUUAUAAAAUGUUUGCACACUGAAUUGAAGAGUUUUGCUCCGCCGCCCAUGUUUUUGCUAUUAGCAUAAUUUUCUAAGAACAUGCUUUUUUGUACACAUUUUUAACCAUUUUACAUUUUAAAGCUGUGUAAGUUGUACAAUAAAAUUUCUUACAUACAAGGAACAAUAAACCAAUAUGGAAAUUUA